CAAUAGAGAUGCUUCGAAUUUGGAUUUGAAUUGGAACUGGUGUAAUUAAUUGAUGAUGGUAGAACCGAUGGUGGAUAAAACAUGAACGCCACUAAUCUGUAUGUGACCACUUGUCGGCUGGUCAUGCAGGCCGAUCCAGAAAACCGUGAUAGUUGGACAGAGCUGUACAAGUUGUUGCCUUACCUCCGCCAGUCCCUCUCCUGUACGGUUUGUGGUAAAUUACUUUCUGAGCCAUACACCCCUAAUGAAACAAGCUGUCAACAUCAUGUGUGUAGAAAGUGUCUUGGUGGAAAGAAACGACUGAAACCCACUUGUAGCUGGUGCAAAGAUUACAGUAUGUAUUUUGACAAUGUUCAAAUUAAACUUGUGUUGCAGUGCUACAGAAAACUAUGUGAAUAUAUCAAGUUCACACCAAUAUAUUGUAAACUGUGCUCCAUAUACAGUAAUGGGGGCCAAUUCAGUCUUACUGACAUGAUAGAAGAAGCUAUAGAUAAUUCUAAUAAUAGAUGUGAUGAGACAAACAGUGUGCAGUGUGAACAUGAAAGUGAUAAUAAAGAAAAACUUUCAGUACCUCAAACAAGUGGAGCAAGUGUAGCCGUCACACCCAUAAAUACCUCCCAUUCUGUUCCGAAGCAACCAUUAUGGCCACUUUCAACACAAGCCUCUCCAUCACAACAAUCAACACCUUCAACAAUAAAUUUAGGUUUGGUACAUGUUUCCUCGCAACCUGUAAAUUCUGCAGUGCCACCAGUUUCGUGUCCGCCAACUUCUGCAUUAAACUCAGUGAAAGCAGUCAUGCCAACCACACUACCUGUUAUGCAAACAUCCCACCACUUUCCACCACAAACAGUCUCUGCAACGACAACUACCACAACAACAACCAUCAGUGGAUCAUCUGGAUCAAGUUUUGUACCAGGUACAAUAUUUCCAAGUACAAAUUUAGUUAAGCACAGCGUUGUUAAGGAAGUACCUUACCCUAAACAUAAUUCCUCGGUAAACAAUGGGUCCUCCAUGUAUUCUGUAAUGUAUGCUGAUGGCGAUAGUACAAAAAUAACCAUCAAAAGAAAACCUCCUGAUAUAGAAAAUACCAACAAAAGUGUUCCUAAUGAGCCAGAAACUGUUCCUUCUGCAAAUCAAGAUUUGAUAAAAAAGCCAAAACCCAAGCCUAAACCAAAACCAAAGCGUAAAGGAUGUCGGUGUGGCAAUGCAACUCCUACGCCCGGAAAAUUAACUUGUUGUGGACAGAGAUGUCCGUGUUAUGUAGAAGCUAAAGCGUGUAUAGAGUGUCGCUGUAGAGGCUGCCGGAACCCUCAUCGGCCUGGUGGGAAAAAAGUACGGCCUGUUAUCCCACAGUUAGCGAACAUUCAGAUUCAUCAAGUGCAACCUGUACAUGGCCGUAGUACGUCAUCAUCCAUCACUAACAGUACCACGACCACUAGUUCCAGUAGCAUCAUCCCACCUCCCACAUCUUCAGCCAUCAUUACAAACACAACAUUGCCUCAAACUAUCCGAGCAGUGCAGGCCAUGCAUGCUGUACAAGCUGUGCAUGGUGUGAGCAAUGUACAAGCUGUGGCCAGUGGAGUUCAUCAGUUAAUAAGUCUUGGUGGCGGGAUGGUGCAAACCCCCUUGUCAUCAGGACUCGGUGUCAAUCCUGUCACUGGCCUAGCUGUGAAGCCUGUCAGUCUGUCUCUUGCGCCUGUGCCAGCGCAACUUCUAAUCAACGAUGACAGAUCAACGUCUAAUAGUGCAUCAGACAACAGUGAUGUAGAUGUGGACAUAUAGCACAGGUAGAACCUAUGUGGAAGUUAUUUUCAGAUUGUGUGAAUUAUUUGUGUAUGAAAUGGAAAAGGAUAAAAUAUUUUUAUGAAUUUUUUUUUAAAUUUAUUGAAGUGACCUGAAAAAAAUUAUUUGUUAAAAAAUAAGUACAUAACCGUAUACCAAGAUUAUGGAAAAUACUAAAAUUUUUACUAUUUUACUGCUAGAUGUUAUAUAUUUUUAUUCUUCAACAUCUGUUACCUAUCAGUAUUUUAUUCCACAUUCCUUACUUUGAGGCAGUUCACAGUUUAAGGACAUUUCAGUCAGUAUGCUUAAGUCUUGAAGGUCUUUUCGUACAGUACUGUGUAUUUUGAGGUUUACUUCAGUAGAGGAUAUUCUCUUUUGUAAAAACUCCACUUGUGUUGUAAUUGUAACUUUAACGAACUUGUUAGGGAUGAUCUAAUGUCUAGUUACACCCGGUGAGGCCUAAAGUUACCUGGUUUUAACUUUGAAAAUACUUUCUUUUUUUAAUUUAAUUUUUAAAUGAAAUUUAAAUUUCUUAAAAAU